GGUGCGCGUGAGGCCAACGGGCAGCAGCCUCAUCUUUUUAAUUUUCUGUCCCAUGGGCCAUGAGAGAAAAGGAAACUAUCGGAAGACGCGCCGAAACUACCAAGGUCCCUAGUAAUAGUCACGGAUCUGUGACGGUUUAACUUAACUCGAACAUUGUUGUUCUGAUUCGAUAUUACCCUGGUCUGGUCGCUCUAUCUAAUAAGUCAUUCGAGAUUGGCAAGGGAAGCUAUGCCUCCUUCAAAUGAAUCAACCUCGUCUGCGAGGCCUAAGCAGAACGAGAGGAAGGAUGGCUCGACUACCCAGAAAGAUCCCACAUACAAUCAAUCCAAUUUCACUCGGCAGACAAAUGCCGUGAAGGAUUUAUUCAGUAUACCAAGACCGGUUAAGAAAUUGUUUGACAAAGUUCCUGUGGUUACAUAUCCAGCAAACGAAUUGCCACAGAGGAGUCCUGGGGCAAAGGGUAGAAAGAAUGAUAGAGAUGCUAGAUUGCCCAGUUUAUACAUUUUCUGUAGAGAGGGCGAGGAAGAGAAUAGAGGCAGACCAAGUUUUAAUCCGGGAUGUUUGAAAUGGCAGACGUUUUUAAACCUCGCAGGAGUGAACCAUAACAUUGUCUCUUCAAAUAAUCACGCUUCACCUACUGGUGUUCUACCUUUCCUCUUACCAGGCAUCAAAUCGAAUUCCGCACAAGAUGACUACCUCCCAAUACCGAGCAGUGGACUGGUGAAAUAUGCAAAGGGACAGGGAAAGAAAGUCCCGGAACCAAAGAGUAGGAAAUUGGAAGCUUAUCAAGCUCUAAUAGAUCACAAUAUACGAAAUGCCUGGCUACACACUCUCUAUCUUACCCCCUCAAAUUUUCGCGCGAUAGCCACUCCUCUCUACAUAGACCCGGCAUCAUCCUCUCUCCCAGUCCGCCUCUACACGGCCCAUCAACUGCGCUCCGCAGCCGAAUCGGAGUUGCGCAAGAGCGCGGAGAUUAUUGACGAGGAAACGAUUUAUAGGGAGGCGGGCAGAGCAUGGGAAGCACUUAGUUUGUUACUCGGGGAUGAGAAGUGGUUUGCUGGGGAUGGGCCGGGCCUUUUUGAUGCGAGCGUUUUCGCUUAUACGUGGUUAUUAGGUGAUGAGGGGUUGGGGUGGGGAAAGGGUGAUAGGAGGUUGGCGGAGGGAGUGAGCAAGUGGAGAAAUCUUGAGAGACAUAGAGACAGGAUAUUUAGGAGGUGUUGGGGAGAGGAGGAUGGUGUCCUGGUAUGAACGGAGAGGGGAGAGGUGUACUAAAGAUAUAAGAUAUAAGAUGGAAGAAGGGGAAAAUAGGUGUUGACACUAUGAUUCGGAGAUUUGAAGGACACCAAAGAACAUUAUGGCCACCAAAAAAAGUACAGUCUCAGAGGAUCAUGGGAUGGCAGAGGGAUGAAAUAAAUGAAUCUCCCAUGCAUAGUAGCAUCAAAACUCAAAGAAAACAAAUUCAAACCA